GGGACCACGCGCGCACGUUUCUACAGGGUACGGUCUACUUUUCAGAGAAGGACAGUGAGCUUCUUUUCAUUAACAAGGUGAGGACACCUCAGACACACUAGCGGAGCUGCGCGGAUAAAUAUGGAUAAUUGAGAAGACUGGGUUUAAUCUGAAUCUUAAACACCUUUUAAAGAAACAGAAAGAAAGGAACUGAUCUGUGCUGAGAUUUGCAUCAAUGCAGUUAUACGGAACCGGCAAACGGUUUUCGGGAUUGGCUUUUAUGCGCUGUUUUGUGGGAGCCUCGGCUACAAUUUUUCGAUUAGAGAUGCCACAUCUACCGGCUUGUUAACGGACAGACCAAAUCGACUCGCAACCUUUUCCAAGUACCAAGCGAACUAAUAUGCGAUGUUUUUUUGUCCAGAAACCCCAUGCGUUUCGCCGUGUUCACGCUAGCACCGCAUGCCUGUCUGCUGCACCGCUCCCCCCGUGCGGCAGAUGCGAUCUAAAGAGUGUUUUUGGGCUUCUGACGCGCCGGCCAGGCGGCAGCAGUACCAGCAGCGCUAAAGAGCAGCACGCGGAGAUAACCGCAACCGUUGCCUUCAUCCUGAGGUACAACGACGCGUUUCUGCAGCUACGCGCCAGCGCAGAAAAAGAACCGGCGAUUCUCCUGCUCUGUUCUAUGGUGCAGCUAGUCGGGCCGAGUCACCGAACUGAGCCGAACGACACCGGGCUGUUAUGCAAGCGGGGGGCGCGAGUCCCCAUGCGGGUGUCUAGGCUGCUGGAGCGCUCCUCCACCAAAUCCAUGAGGUUUCUUUGGAACAUUUUCAGCAAAGGAUCGCAUAUGCUGCAGUGUCUUUGUGGCAAGAGUCUCAAGACAACCAAGAACCCAACUGAUCUGCAGCUGAAGGGGAUUGUGACCAGGCUGUACUGCAGGCAGGGAUUCUACCUGCAGAUGAACCCAGACGGACACAUGGAUGGGACCAAAGAUGACGCUACAAACUCUUCUCUCUUCAACCUCAUCCCUGUGGGGCUUCGUGUGGUGGCUAUCCAGUCAGUGCAGACGGCGCUGUAUAUCGCCAUGAAUGCAGAGGGACUUCUCUACUCAUCUGAGCUGUUUACCCCAGAGUGUAAGUUUAAGGAGUCUGUGUUUGAAAACUACUAUGUGAUCUACUCGUCCAUGCUGUACAGACAGCAGGAGUCUGGCCGGGCCUGGUUCCUGGGGCUCAACAAGGAGGGCCAGCCCAUGAAAGGCAACCGUGUGAAGAAGACCAAACCAGCCGCACACUUCCUGCCCAAACCUAUAGAAGUGGCAAUGUACCGGGAACCUUCACUGCAUGACGUCGCUAAAGCCCCGCCCAGACCUGCUGUGGCCCCACCCAGUAAAAGCUCCACCAGCGAACCAGUGGUCAUGAACGGGGGCAAGCCAGUCAACAAGCCUGACAAGGAGACAUAACCCCUCCUCCUCCUCUCCCCCCGGCAUGACAAGACCUGAGACUCCACCCACUACACCCAAACUCUCCUUCUGAUUGGUCAACAAUAGGCCAAGUCGAGGAGGUGGUGGGGAGAAGGAGAGGAAGGAAGGGGAGUAGGAGGGGAGGUGGGGAG